AUGAUCAAAUUACAUAAGAAUAUAACUAAGCUUUUAACAAGAAAUAGACAUAUAUAUCUGUUUAUAUGCCUAACGAAUACACAUGCUUUGUAUAUUGAAGAAUAUACUACUGCUACUACUACUACUACUACUACGACGACGACGACGACUACUACUACUACUACUACUACUACUAUUACUACUACUAAUAAUAAUAAUGGUACACCCACUUCAUACUUCACACUUUUACUUUACACCUAUUCAUCAGUAAAAGGAAAUAAUAAACAAUAA